AUAUCAUUGUUGUACAUUCAGUUCCUAGCCACUGGAAUCAUCGGCAUCUACGCGGCGAAACGCAAGACCAAAUGCAUGAUCAUACCUCUGAUGGUUCUGUCCAUCUUCUCGUCAAUCUUCGCGGGAACCGUUACUCUCGUCUUUCCGUCCAUCGCACUUGUAGAUGAUGUCUGGGGAUUUUGCAGGCAUUUUCCAAGAUGUCCCACGGGCGCCAUCAUAGCACUUGACGGUCUGCUAAUUCUACUGGCCCUCCUGGAGCUGGGCCUGGCCAUCGCCACCUCUGUCAUGACGUGUUAUGCGAUCUGUCCGGGCUGCACCGAGGGGAGUACGGACAGUUGUACCUGCUGUGAUACAUGUAACAACAGUGGAUACCAGGCACCAGCAGUUGCCUAUCAGGUGGGAGCAGACGGCAGACUGGUCCAGAUACCCGGCCAGUACGUCAUGCAGGGGGGACAGCCCAUCGCCAUGACACCGUUCCCUCCAAGCCAGCCACAAUACGCCACGGCCCUUCCCCCAGGAGCUGCAGCCCAACAGCCCCUACUCGUCACACAGACCCCUGCCAACGCCCAGGGGAACGUCGGGGCCGGGCAGGGUUCCAGGUCACAAGGGAACGUUGUGUUUGUCCCGGUGCAGGGUGUCGCUCCUGCACCACGUCAGCACCAAGUAGCACCACCGAUAUCAACAGGUGGGCAUGGUAACGUGCAGUACGUCAUCGCCACGUCAACAGCCCAAGCGGCAGGUCAGCAGCCGCUACAGUCCGUACCACAGGUUCAGUUCCAGCAGCCCAGCCAGGCCGCGCCCUACCCGCACCCAGAACAACUCCAGCCAACCGUACCACAGGGACAAGUCUCUGCCCCACCCACGGGACCUUCCCCUCCCCCGAGCUACCAGCCUGCUGAUCCUGACGCUCGUGGCGCUACAAACCAGGCCAUGACGACAGAGCAGGACGAUGUGCCUCUCAUUGAAGAUUAAGCGGGUACCUCGAGAUCCGUAAUCCGAAGAUCAUGCCCAUUGCAGCGAAACCAUGGGCUCUACUCGCUUUCAUUGUCUUUAAUGUAGUGUCUUAAACUUUAUGUUCAAACUAAACUGUCUGACGUGAUAUGAAUAGCAUUUUCUUCAUACACACUUUGAAAUACAAAUGGUACAAGACAGCAUAGAGACUUUAUUGAGCAACCAUUGUUAUGUCAAAUCAAGUAGGAGGUCGGCUUUAAAUGUCGAUUUACACGAUAAUAGACAAUGAUAGUACAAUUCUAGGACGAACCUACUGUAUGGAAAUCUAAAGAAAUGAAAGAUGCUUGUUCCAUCCAUGUAAUGGGGGACAUCAGAACGUUAAACAUAUGGUUGAUAAAUCCUUGCGGCACAUUGGAAUAGACUCUAAAGCACCUUAAUUUCAAAAAGACUAAAUAACGGGAAUAAACAUAAGUUUGAUGUUUU